AUGAUCGCAGCGACAGAUCGAGUCGAGGAGCCGGCAUCCGAAGGCACGCGGCCGCCGCUGGCUGCGCUGAGACAGCUGCGGCUAAUUGAAAAGAUGGAGGCGCUGCUCUGCCCGACGAUGGGUGCCGUGUCACAGCCCGUGGUCAUCGCGCGCACCCGAGGCAGCUCCCUCCUGGACUGGUCCUUUGCAGGUGGAGGUUGUGCGGACGAGGUCGGGCGACUCUUUGCCGGUGCUGGGCUCUCACCGAUCGCCUUCAGCAAUUCCUCUUCGCAAUUCGGCGUUUCGUCUGAGACCAUGCUCCUCAGCCCGCAUGGAGCUUUGCCGGAUCCGACGGUGCGGAUCGUCUCAGUGGCCUGCGGCAAGGACCAUCUCCUUCUCCUGGACAGCGCCGGCCGGCCCUGGGCGCUUGGCGAUCCUUGCGCGGCAGGAGUGGCCUGCUCCGAUCAGCUCAGCCACGAGGUGUCGCAAUGCGCGGAGUUUUACCGGACACCCAAUACGGAGUCGCCAGCAGCCCUCACGCGGGCAACACCUGUGAUGGCAUUAUGGUCCGUACAUCUGACGAAGGUGGCAUGUGGAAAUGGCCACUGUGCAGCUGCCGACCGCAGUGGCAACCUCUUCGCCUUUGGUCGCGCCCUGGCGCGCCCGGACCUGGAGGCCCUUGGCACAACGGCCUGGCGGCGCCCACGCAAGGUGGUGAGCAUUUCAGACGCGGAGGAUGUCGCAGCUGGAGACAGCCACAUUGCCGUCGUGUGCCGGGAUGGCGGCACAUACCUUUGGGGCGAGAAUGUCCAUGGCCAGUGCGCCCGGGAUCCCGUGGGUCCAGGCUUGCGAGGAUCUCGUCACAGGAGCGGCGAGGUGCCUCAUUUGGUGCCGAGCCCGGCGCGUGCGGGCUUCGCUUUAGCCACAUGCGAUGCUCGCCGGGUGGCUUGUGGCAGGUAUCACACUGCAGUGCUGAGCUCUUACGGCCGCUUGGUGACCUUCGGCGAUGGCCUCUCGGGCCAGCUGGGUCGGCCGGCUGCGCCGGGAGAAGGCUGGAAACCCGCGGAACUCGACUGGAGCGGCGCUGUCUCUGAGCGGGUGGUACAGGUCGCGUGUGGAGACGACCACACAGUCUGCCUUACGGAGAUGGGCCAGGUCUUGGCGUUUGGCAGUGGCGAACAGGGUCAACUCUGCACCGGAGGUUGCCGCAACUAUCGGCUCCCGACACUGAUCCGAUCACUCGCUGACGUGCGCGAGGUGGUGGCCGGAGCGAACUGGACUUUGCUCCGCUGUGCAGACGAGAAGGCAUAUUGCCGCGACGACUAG